AUGGUUACCACUGAAGAGAGAGUUAUUUUAGAUUCAUAUCCUCAAACAUGUCCACCAGGUUCAUUACCAGGUACUCCAGGUAAUUGUACUUCGGAACAAUUAGAAAUUUUAGAAAAACUUAGAAGUGCUCUAGAAGCAGAAGGAUAUAAGGAAAGAUUGGAUGAUUCAACACUAUUACGUUUCUUGAGAGCUAGGAAGUUUGAUAUUGAAUUAGCAAAAACUAUGUUUGUAAACUGUGAAAAAUGGAGGGAAGAAUUUGGUACUAAUACCAUUUUAAAAGAUUUUCAUUAUGACGAAAAACCAUUGGUGGCUAAGUGGUACCCACAAUAUUAUCAUAAAACUGAUAAAGAUGGGCGUCCAUUAUAUUUUGAAGAAUUAGGUUCUGUUAACUUAACAGAAAUGCAUAAGAUUACUACUGAAGAACGUAUGUUAAAAAAUCUAGUUUGGGAAUAUGAAGUUGUUGCUAAUUAUAGAUUUCCUGCCUGUUCUAGAUAUGCUGGACAUUUAGUCGAAACUUCAUGUACUGUUUUAGAUUUAAAAGGCAUCUCUUUAUCUAGUGCAUACAGUGUUUUGUCUUAUGUCAGAGAAGCCUCCUUUAUCAGUCAAAACUAUUAUCCAGAACGUAUGGGGAAGUUUUACAUCAUCAAUGCACCAUUUGGCUUCUCAACAGCUUUCAAAUUGUUUAAACCAUUUUUAGAUCCUGUCACUGUCUCUAAGAUUUUCAUUUUGGGUAGUUCAUAUCAAAAGGAAUUGUUGAAGCAGAUUCCUGUCGAAAAUUUACCAAAGAAAUAUGGUGGUACUUCCGAAGUUAGUGAGGCACAAGGUGGUUUAUAUUUGUCUGACAUUGGUCCAUGGAGAGAUCCAAAAUAUAUUGGCCCAGAAGGUGAAGGCCCUCUAAUGUUUUCUAUGAAUUAG